AUGGAACAACGACUAAAAUUUGUCGGAACAGAUGUUAAUGGGAAUAACCCAAAUGCAAUGACUAUGGAUGAUACAUCCACAGAAAAAGCACCCAAAAUAAAUGCACCAAAAACUGUUGCGAAGUUUAAUGGAAGAUACCCACAACCAACGGAAGAACAACGAGAGCGUGAUAACCGAUCAGUUUGUGUUACUAAUCUUGAUCCAAAUGCCACUAAAGAACAACUUCAACAACUUUUUUCCACUGUUGGGAAUGUUCUUUUAGUUACACUUCCAUUAACAAAAAGUGGAGUGUCUAAACGAUAUGCAUAUAUUGAAUUAGAUUCAGUUGAAGCACGAGAACGAGCUGUUACUAAUUUAAAUGGUACGAAAUUAGGGGAGAAUGAAAUUAGUGUUGCAGUUAAACGUACUAACAUCAAGGAUUAUAACAAAAGAAAUGAUCCAACCACUAAAUUAAUUAAAACAUUCAUAACAGUUUUACGUGGAACACGAGGCAUGAGAGGAGGGUAUAGAGGAAAUAGUCGAGGGAAUUUAAGAUAA